CGGGGCGACGCUCCCGGCCCAGUGGGAGCGCCGCCUACGUCUGGUUCGAAUCGAGUCCUGGGCGGCGGCUCGCGGGGAGCGCUGUCAGAGUUGGGGGCGACACUCUCCCUCCCAAGAGGUGCAAGAGGACGGGGUUUAGGCCGGAAGAGCCUUAGAGGAGCCAUUUUCCAGGAUGGCUGAUUUGGUUCUAUGUGAACCAACAGAGCUUUACAACAUCUUGAAUCAGGUCACAAAACUAUCCAGAUUGACUGAACCCAACUAUCUCUGUUUAUUGGAUGUGCGUUCCAAACAGGAAUACGAUGAAAGCCAUGUGAUUACAGCCCGUCGAGUGAAGAAGAAGGCAGAUGAAUAUCUUAUCCCGGAGUCUGUGGAUCUCGAGUGUGUGAAGUACUGUGUGGUGUAUGAUAACAAUUCCAGCUGCCUGGACCUAAUCAGAGAUGACAGUGACAACUCUGGCAGUGAAAACGACCUGUUGCCCAGAGGAGCUGCCAUUGAAUGUGGCAAAGCCUUAGCUCACCUCACCCGCCACCCCGUCCAGAUCCUGAGAGGGGGCUAUGAGUCUUUCUCAGCCAAGUACCACUUUUUCCGGACGCAGAAGAUUAUCUGGAUGCCGCAGGAAUUGGAUGAAUUUCAGCCCUACCCUGUUGAAAUAGUGCCAGGAAGCAUCGAUUGGUCCAGCCUAAGUUUUGUAGGUGACGCUGACAAGCUUCUGCACAUCCAGAUAGAAGACUCCCCGGAAGCCUUCAUUUUCCCCUUUCUGCGCCACCUCUGUCACUUCAUUGAUGUCCACCUUGAACUUGGCAAUGUCAUCCUGGUAUUUUCCACCCUGGGCAUCAGUCGCAGCUGCGGGGUCAUCUUGGCCUACCUCAUGCACCAGAACGAGCAGACCUUGAAGAAGUCCUGGGAACACGUCAAGAAGUGCAAAAACAACGUGUGUCCAAAUCGGGCCUUAGUGGCUCAGCUGUCACAAUGGGAGACGAUUGUUCUCGGAGGCUUCAUCACAGAUAUCUCGGUUCCACUCUGCUGAUCUCUGUGGCCCAGCUAUGGGUCCUGAAGAACUUUGCUGGGAGCUUCUUGUGGGUAGUGGGGCCGGAUGUGGUAACCAGGUUGGUGGUGGAAAAAGGCCUUUGCUACCUGGA